ACUGAUUCAGCGUCCUGCACUCGCCAGCCCCACAGCACAGCAAGCCUGAAAGCGGCAGCAUGCGGCCUAACAGGUGCGGCAGGCAUGACUCCAGAUCUGGUCUCGCUGCUAUCAGGUUCCUAUCCAUGCUUCCUUCACCAUCUCGUCCCAUUGCUUACAGAUUUUUGCAUCUUCUUGGAACCAGGGUUCUGAGAUCUCACUGUUAGAAGGCCAUCAUCAGGGAUACAGGCUGCAUCAGUCCAGCAGGUUACUAUUAUAUAUAAUUACACAUGGAUUUUGAAGCUAGUACUCUCUUGGAGGGCAUGCUACUUAAUGAAAGUGCUGAGCCUACGGAUCUGCCAAUAUCACUUCUAAAGUCGAUCACGAGGGAUUUCUCUGAUGAUCUGCGCAUCGGUAGUGGUGGAUUUGGUGUGGUUUACAAGGGGUUACUUAAAAAUGGUGGGAUAGUUGCUGUGAAGAAGCUAUCGCCCCUGAUUGAUAUGGAUGAGACUAAGUACCAAAGAGAGGUUCUUUGUUUGUUGAGGGUGAGACAUAAAAAUAUAGUACGAUUUCUGGGAUUCUGUGCUAAUACGCAUGGGAAAAAGGAACCAUACGAGGGAAAUUUUGUCAUUGCAGAUGUUAGACACAGGUUGCUCUGCUUUGAAUAUUUGCGUAACGGGGAUUUGCAUGCUUAUAUCAAUGAUGCAUCUUGUCGAUCAAACUGGAAAGAGCGCUAUAAAAUAAUCAAGGGAAUUUGUGAAGGGUUGCAUUACCUUCAUGAAAAUAGUAUAGUCCACUUAGAUCUCAAACCUGCCAACAUACUACUUGAUGAUAACAUGGUGCCAAAAAUUUGUGACUUUGGUCUCUCAAGGUGGUUUAAUGAACAGAAAGACCGGGUUAUUAAUACAUCAAAAGUACAAGGAACCAUGGGAUAUGUGGCACCAGAACGCUACGAUGGAGUCAUCACAUUCAAGUCAGACAUAUAUAGUCUUGGUGUUAUAUUCGCGGAGUUACUGACAGGACAGAAAGGUCAUUCCCCGGUUGAGAAUGUAGUGGAAAGCUGGAGGGAGAGGUUGGGUAUGUCAUCGCCAAACACAUUAUUGGAACAAGUAAAAUUAUGCGCUGAGAUAUGCAUAGACUGCACAGACCGAGAGCGAAAGAACAGACCAUCUAUGGACCGUAUAAUCCAGAAGCUUACUGAAACAGAAACCAACGUGGCACAGGUAGAAGAGAUAACAGUUUUAUCCGACCCAGAAGAUAGCACCGUGCCUUCACAUAUAACUACUCGUGAUACUCCUCGGGAUGGCCUACCAUCUAUGUCAGAAGAAGAACCAUCUCCUCGGGUAUUACACAUGAUUACCGGUCCAAGAGCACCCUAUAUCCCAGGGCUAUUCCUUGCUAUUAUGAAGAUUGAUGCAGUUUUAGCAGAUAAAACUACCAAGAUUGUGGUGGCAAAACUUUCUGCAAAAGGUAGUAGUAGACUAAGGGGCCUCGAAGUCAAUAUUCAGAAAGUAAGGGAUCAACUCGCAGUCCUGAUGACUAAGACAGCCAUGUCCAACCUCACAAAUGAAGUCAAUGGCUGGAUUCGGGAAUUGCGGAAACUGAUCAUCCGUGUUGAGGACUUGAUGGACAAAUACCUAUAUUAUUGUUUCCGAAUGGAGAAUGAAUUUUUCCUUAUAAAGUACUUCACGGAAGCACAAUAUAUCAUUGUGUUCAGUGAAAUAGCUGAUGAGGUAGCCGCGAUACAGAAUAAGACCAAGCAGGUUGUCAAGCUCAAGCAUCAGUGUUUGCAGCUACCCCGGCAUGAUCCUGAGAUGGAAACACAGCGGUCUCAGGUCAGCAUAUCAGAAUUUGUUAAAGACGAAGAUCUAGUGGGGAUUGAAGAUAACAGAAGAAUGCUCACCGAAUGGCUGUAUUCUGAUGAGCCAGACAGCAAGGUGAUAACGGUGUCAGGUAUGGGCGGAUUGGGGAAAACUGCCCUUGUUGCAAAUGUUUACGAACGUGAAAAGAGAAAAUUUCCUGCUCGCGUGUGGGUGGCUGUGUCCCAGACGUACACUAUGGAUGCCCUGUUGAGGAAGCUACUCUGGGAGAUUGACGAUGUGAAACAUCUGCAAACUCACAUUAACGGUAUGGAUGUAAGUGAUUUGAAAGAAGAAAUAAAGGAAAUCCUCAAACAUAGGAAAUGUUUGAUUGUGUUGGAUGACGUCUGGGAUCAAGAUGUGUACUUUAAAUUGUGUUACUCAUUCGGCAAUGUGGAGGCAAGUCGCAUCAUCAUCACGACACGAAAGACUGACGUGGCUACUCUUGCUCCCCCAACACGUCGCCUUGAGCUCCAGCCUCUGAGCAGUAAGUAUGCAUUCGAUCUCUUCUGCAGAAAGGCAUUUUACAAUAUCAAGGACCACGAGUGCCCCAAGGAGCUUUUGCAUGCUGCUACUUCCAUCGUUGAUAGGUGCUACGGUUUACCAGUGGCAAUUGUAUCAAUAGGCAGCCUCUUGUCUUUGCAGCCACAGAUACACCACAUCUGGAAUCAAAUGUAUGAUCAGUUAGAAACUGAGCUAUCGAACAGUGACAAUGUCAGGGAAAUUUUUAAUUUGAGUUACCAUGACCUAUCAGCGGACCUCAAAAAUUGCUUCUUGUAUUGCAGUCUAUUCCCUAAAGAUUACCUAAUUUCCAGUGAGAGCGUUGUGAAGAUGUGGAUCGCAGAAGGCUUUGUGCUGAGCAGGGGAAACAAAACAGCAGAGGAGGUGGCUGAGAGGAACCUCACCGAGCUGAUCAACUGCAAUCUUCUGGUAAUCGGGCAUAAUGACGAGCAAGGACGGGUGAGAACCUGUAGGAUGCAUCCUAUUAUGCGAGAUCUGGUUCUUGUUGCGAAACAGGAGAGAUUUGGCUCUGCAAAUGACUAUAGAAGAAUGAUACAGAUGAAUAAGGAUGUUCGUCGUCUGUCAUCUUAUGGAUGGAAAGACAAUACUCCAAUAAAAGUUAAUUUUCCCCAGCUUCGGACUCUUGUAUCACUUGGAACAGUUUCAUCCUCCCCUGGCAUGUUGUCAUCAAUUUUGUCUGAAGCCACCUACCUUACUGUGCUCGAGCUACAAGAUUCUGAGGUCACUGAAUUACCAGCAUCUAUAGGGAUUCUGUUCAACCUACGUUACAUUGGCUUGCGGCGCACGAAGGUCAAGUUACUCCCUGACUCUGUUGUGAAUCUAUCUAACCUCCUCACUUUGGACAUCAAGGGAACAAAAAUACAGAGGUUACCAAGAGGACUCGGUAAGGUCAAGAAGCUACGGCACCUUAUGGCUGAUAGAUGUGCUGAUGGGAACUUAGCAGUGUUCCCAAACAUUUUUGGAGCACAAGUACCUAAGGAUCUGUUCAACUUGUCAGAAUUCCCCUACCGCUUUGGAGUGGAAGCACCAAAGGAUCUGUCCAGUUUGCAAGAACUGCAGACUCUCGAGACAGUGGAAGCCAGCAGGGGCUUGGCUGAGCAGCUGAAGAAACUGAUGCAGCUUAGAAGUGUGUGGAUCCACAGCAUAAGUGCUGCUGACUGUGCAAAUAUUUUAGCCACCAUUUCAAAUAUGCCAGUCCUUUCCAGUUUGCUCCUUUCUGCAAGGGAUGAGAACGAGGUGCUCUGCUUCGAGGCCCUCCAGCCGAUUUCCCGUAAACUCCAAAAGUUGAUUAUCAUAGGGCAAUGGGCCAAAGGAACACUGGAGUGCCCGAUAUUCCGUGUUCACGGGGCAUGCCUCAAAUAUUUAGACAUAAGCUGGUGUAGAGUAGGGGAGGAUCCACUGGUCAUGCUGGCACCGUACCUAUAUAACCUUACAUAUCUGAGCUUCAAUCACAUCUACAGUGCAAAGACUCUGGUUCUUUCUCCAGGAUCGUUUCCCCAACUCAAGAUGCUUGUUCUGAAGCACAUGCCUGAUGUCAACGAGCUGAUGAUUGCUGAUGGAGCGCUUCCAUGCAUUGAAGCUCUGUAUAUUGGAUCACUGGCGAGGCUAGAUAAGGUUCCUCAAGGCAUGGAAUCCCUUCGCUCCUUGAAGAGGCUUUGGCUGCUGAACCUGCACAGAAACUUCAGAAGUCAGUGGCACAACAAUAGAAUGUUCGAGAAGAUGCAACACGUUUUAAAGAUUGACAUCUAGGAGAGCCAAAUUGUUACUUCUGGUCGUGUUCACAGAACUUUGUAUGUUGUAGUUUUAAUCGUCCUCCUUUUACAACGAGUAGGAGCACUACAUUUCCAUCUGGGUUGUAGUUGAAGACUGUAUAACAACUUGUCUUGAAACAUUGGCUUGCAAUGCCUUCAAGAUGUUUUGUUUUUUGGAUUGCUUUCAGAUUGACUAUGUGUGCUGAGUUUAUUUCUUGCUUUAGGGUUUGCAA